CGGGCCGGGGGGCGGGGCCCGGCGGCGGGGGAGGCUGUUUAAAGUGGCGCUUGCGGGAUGGCGGAGCCGGCGGACUAUCCCCCGUUCCAGCUGGGGAAGCCCCGCUUCGAGCAGACUUCAUUUUAUGGCAGAUUCAGGCACUUCUUGGACAUCAUCGACCCCCGCACUCUGUUUGUGACUGAGAGCCGGCUGCAGGAGGCGGUGCAGCUGCUGGAGGAUUACAAGCACGGCACUCUGCCCCCGGGAGUCACCGACGAGCAGCUGUGGGGAGCUCAAAAAAUCAAACAGGCCAUCAUCCACCCCGACACCAACGAGACCAUCUUCAUGCCUUUCCGAAUGUCAGGUUACAUUCCCUUUGGAACCCCCAUUGUUGUUGGUCUUCUCCUGCCCAACCAGACCUUGGCCUCCACGGUGUUCUGGCAGUGGUUGAACCAGAGCCACAACGCGUGUGUGAACUAUGCAAACCGCAACGCGAGCAAGCCUUCCCCGACAUCCAAGUUCAUCCAGGGCUACUUGGGAGCUGUCAUAAGUGCUGUCUCAAUAGCAGUGGGCCUUAACGUUCUGAUCCAGAGAGCAAACAAGUUUACCCCAGCCACCCGCCUCCUGAUCCAGAGGUUUGUGCCAUUCCCUGCUGUUGCCAGUGCCAACAUCUGCAACGUGGUCCUGAUGAGGCACACGGAGCUGGAGGAGGGCAUCGAUGUCCUGGACAGCAACGGCACCGUGGUGGGCUCCUCCAGAGUAGCUGCCAAGCACGCUCUGCUGGAAACGGCCCUGACCAGAGUGGUCCUGCCCAUGCCUAUACUGGUUCUACCUCCCAUCAUCAUGUCCGUGCUGGAGAAAACUUCCCUGCUGAGGGCCCGGCCCCGGCUGCUGCUCCCGGUGCAAAGCCUCGUGUGCCUCGCUGCCUUUGGCCUGGCCCUGCCCCUGGCCAUCAGCCUCUUCCCCCAGAUGUCCGAGAUUGAGACAGCCCAGCUGGAGCCAGAGAUCGCCAUGGCCACCAGCAGCAAGACUGUGGUCUACAACAAAGGGUUGUGAGUGCCAGAGGAGAAUCCCAGCCCAGGAGGUCUGGGGAGGGAAGAGGGGGAACUCCAGACCCCGCCUGGGAGAAAGCGAACAAGAAGAGGAAGAUGAGAUAGCAGAGCUCAGCGAUAGGAGCUGCUCCCGGCAGCCCGGGAGGGAAUUAACACCUGCACAGAACUGACACCUCACACCACUCAAAAAGAUUCACAUUAAAAGUUUUAACCUAGCAGCAGGAGCAGCCGCUACAACAAAUAAAAUCCCGUUGAACCACUUUAGGACGAGCUGACAGAAGUCAGAGUCACUGGCACUGCACAGCGGGAGCUGAGGGGUGAGCCCAGAGCUGGCUGCAGACCCAGACAUCACCCAACACCGCCCAGCACAACCUCUGCUCACCGAGCCCGGCCCCUGACGCUGCUCAGCGCCGUGGAUGUGAUUGAUCAGGAUCGAUCAGGGCACUGGGGAUGCCUGGCACUGAUUCCCUGCCCAUCCCACCCCAGCAGCCGAGUGCUGAAGAGGAGCUCCCAGCUCAGUGUGCCCAGCCAGGGCUCUGCUGUGCCCCUCCAUCCUCCUCCUCCUCCUCCUCUUGCCCUUCCCUGCGAGACUGGCUGGCCCUGGAUCCCCCCACCUGCAAUUCCACUGGGCUUUGCCUGGAUUUCAAGGUCCUGGAGAGCCGAGGUGCCCACACGUGGAGUGAUGCUGGAGCUGCUCUGUUCCUUUGUCUGUGCCACCCAGCACGGACCCUCUGACAGGGAAGGUGUUAACCUGAGCCUGCUGGCUAAGCCACACCUUGCUGAGCUGGUGUCUAAGGACAGGAUGUGGUUUAAGCUUGGAUCAAUCCCCAGUGGGCAGGCAGUUGGACAAGGAUCAUUGCAGGCCCCUUCCAACUGGAAUAAUCCUUCUCCUUCUCCUUCUCCUUCUCCUUCUCCUUCUCCUUCUCCUUCUCCUUCUCCUUCUCCUUCUCCUUCUCCUUCUCCUUCUCCUUCUCCUUCUCCUUCUCCUUCUCCUUCUCCUUCUCCUUCUCCUUCUCCUUCUCCUUCUCCUUUUCCUUCCCCUUCUCCUUCUCUCCUAUUUUCACCAACCCCUCCACCCAGCAAAGCCAACUGUGCCCAAAGCCAGGUGCUGGCAGCUGUGCUGAGCUGGUGGCUGUGACUCUGCCUCUGGGGACAUCUGUCUGUCUGUCUGUCUGUGUGUCCCUUCAACAGCUCCUCCCUGGGGUGGUUGGAGGGGAGAGCUGAGUCAGCCCCACACUGCACCAAGUCCUGCUCUCCCUGGGUUUGGGGCCACAGUUUGGGUUUUCUGGUAUCUCACACCCAAAAUUCCUGAGGGAACUCACUUGGGUUCAUUUGGAGCAUGGCCACCAGCAGAGCAUUCCAAAGGCAGGAUGUCCCUGUAGGAUCCCUGUCCCUGCAGGAUCAGUGUCCCUGCAGGAUCAGUGUCCCUGUAGGAUCAAUGUCCCUGUAGGAUCAGUGUCCCUGCAGGAUCAGUGUCCCUGUAGGAUCAGUGUCCCUGUAGGAUCAGUGUCCCUGCAGGAUCAGUGUCCCUGUAGGAUCAAUGUCCCUGUAGGAUCAGUGUCCCUGCAGGAUCAGUGUCCAUGCAGGAUCAGUGUCCCUGUAGGAUCCCUGUCCCUGCAGGAUCAGUGUCCCUGUAGGAUCAGUGUCCCUGCAGGAUCAGUGUCCCUGCAGGAUCCCUGUCCCUGUAGGAUCAGUGUCCCUGUAGGAUCAGUGUCCCUGUGGGAUCAAUGUCCCUGUAGGAUCAGUGUCCCUGUAGGAUCAGUGUCCCUGCAGGAUCAGUGUCCCUGUAGGAUCAAUGUCCCUGUAGGAUCAAUGUCCCUGUAGGAUCAGUGUCCCUGCAGGAUCAGUGUCCCUGCAGGAUCAGUGUCCCUGCAGGAUCCCUGUCCCUGUAGGAUCCCUGUCCCUGUAGGAUCAGUGUCCCUGUAGGAUCAGUGUCCCUGCAGGAUCAGUGUCCCUGUAGGAUCCCUGUCCCUGCAGGAUCAGUGUCCCUGUAGGAUCAGUGUCCCUGUAGGAUCCCUGUCCCUGUAGGAUCAGUGUCCCUGUAGGAUCAGUGUCCCUGCAGGAUCAGUGUCCCUGCAGGAUCAAUGUCCAUGCAGGAUCAGUGUCCCUGCAGGAUCCCUGUCCCUGUAGGAUCAGUGUCCCUGCAGGAUCAGUGUCCCUGUAGGAUCAGUGUCCCUGCAGGAUCAGUGUCCCUGCAGGAUCAGUGUCCAUGCAGGAUCAGUGUCCCUGUAGGAUCACUGUCCCUGUAGGAUCCCUGUCCCUGCAGGUUCCCCAUGGGGACAGAGCCAUGUUCCCACCCUUCAAAUGCCCAUUUCUUGUGGGGUUGGGGAGGGUGGGGGAAAGGGGAAGCCAAAUCACCACUGACACAGAAUGUAUUUGAUGAUUUAUUGCAAUGCCUGGAACUGGGGGCCUGAGCCCCCCAGGUGUGGAGUCAGACCCACAGGAAUGGGAACCACACAGUGGGGCAGCUCAGGGCUGCUGGUUCUGCCCUGCCCUGGUGUGAAUCAGGAAUAAUUGCACAAAAGGGGCCAGUGCUGUGGGUUUACACAUCAGCAAACAGGACAGGAGGAACCAGCCCCAGACCCUUCACAGCUGCUGCUGCUGGGACAGCUCCCAGUCCCAAACCCUGCUGGAAACCCAGAGUGGGCUCAGCUCCCCCCUGGGUGCUCUGGAUUUACACCAGGACAGCUGGAUUUGGCCCAGUGGAGUUCCUCUAGUGCACUAGAUGAGAUGAAUGUACCCCCCAGAGGAUGGGGCUGGGGUUUGGGGAGCCCACAAGGAGGUGACAGCUGUCCUGGGGACACUUAUGGCUGUCUGUCCUGCUGGGGAGCAGAUAACUCCUGGGGAUGCUGGCAGUGCCCAGCCUGGCAGAGCAGCUGGGGGUGCAGGCUCCCCCUGGCCCCACGUCCAGGGGGGUGUGUGGGGCAGGGAAAAGCUGCUGGGAGGCUGGAAUUCCUGUCAGGGCUCCGUGGAGCCAAGGGGGAUGUGCUGCCCUCCUCCUGCUGGGUGCCAGGAGAGGGGACAGGAGCAGGAGGAGGCUCUGGCCCCAUCCCUCUGCGGUGCAGCCCCUUCCCAGUGGGUUUGGGUGAUGCUGGAACCCUUCUGCUCCAGCUUCCCCAUCCCAGGAUUUUGUCUGGAGGAGGGGGAAGGAGGAAGGGACGGAGGCUGAGCUGUGCCGUGAGAUUCAGGAGAGGUGGAGCGAGCAGGGAGUGAUUAUUCAGGUUUUUUUGGGUGAUUUGGGUUUGUCACAGAUCCAGGGUUUGGGGGCUGAGCUGGGCUCACCUGACUGCAAGGAAUUUCCAGGGAUGAAAGGAGGCUGGGCUCUGCUGCCUGUGCUUCUUCAGGAGAAAAGCAGGGAUGGAAAAAGCUCAGCCUUGGGGAGGAGCAGCAGGUUUUCCCCGGGUGGGAGGGGUGUGGAUGCUUUCCCUGCACACCCCACAUCACCUGCAGGGCUCUGCCCGUGCCGGGCGGCAUCGGCGGGCGGGCUCAUCCCAUUAAUCAGCCAGCAUCACUAUCAGCUCGGAGAAGAGAAGGGAUUUAUGGAUUUAUCGAGCUCCGGGAAGGCAGAGGGCCCGAUCCUGGCGGGGACCAGCUUGGGGGAUGUCAGAGGAGCUGUGCUGCGAGCGUGGCUCGGCUCGGAGGCAGCUGCUGCGUCAAACAAGUGACAAUCACAGGCCUAAAUGAGUCUGGAUUUGUGUCUGCCCGCACAAACCCCGUCAGACUUGUUUGGCUUCGUGCGGCAGCAGAACGGGGCUCAGGCAGCUCGGCGGGGUUUGUGCUGAGCAAUGGAACAUCCCGGGCGUUCCCUGGGGUCACCUCUGGCAGCUCCCAGAUUUUGUCCCAGUGCCACUCCAAAUGUCGUGGCCCCUGGUGCAGCUGGGCAGAGCCAGCACGCCCUGGGCUCAGCUCCCGUCCCCAGCCGCCUCUGGAAAAGCAGGAUCGUGGGUUGGUUUGGGCUGGAAGGGACCUGGAGUCUCAGCCCGUUCCCAGCCCAGCAGAGCAGGGUGGAGACCCCGGGGUUUGUCCCCACAUCUCCCCCGGCACAAUCAGGAGCUGUCGGUGACCCGCAGGACGAGGGCUCUGCAUGGUGAGCACGUUGUGGUGGCCCUGUGGUCCCAAACCCUUGUGCUCCCGAGGUCCCAGCUGAACCCGGCUGAAAUUCCAGCAUCCCAGCGAGGCUGGGGUGCAAUUCCAGCUCAAAGCUCAGCACAGCCUGGGGAGGUUCCAAGGCAGCUCCACCCUCAGGGCUGGGACGGAUUUGGGAAUGUCCCGCUCACCCUUCCAGUGUCCCCGGGUGGGUUUUGGGACAGCAAGCCGCGCCGGGGAGACUCCAGAGCACAGCUAAUAACAUUCUGCACGUUCAUUUAAUCUAAUUUAAUCUAAUUUAAUCUAAUUAAUCUCCUAAUGCACAGAGCGGAGCCAGGUCUGGGGAGCAGCCCCGAGUGUUUGCAUUCCCGGUUUGCUGUGGUGGGGGCGCCGCUCGCAUCGGGAACUUCACCUCGGCACAGCCCCGUAAUGAGACCGUCACCCUCAUCUCCCCGAGUGUUUAAUUAGAAAUGGCACCGUUAAUUGAUUUCUUGGCGAUGCUAAUUAAGGAAUAAUGAGGAGCAGGUUGCAGCGAAAGGUGCCAGGGAGAAGGUUUGGGUCUCUGCUGGAGGAUGGGGCUGUUGGCAGCUCCCUGAGGCGGCCAGGGGACAACGAGGGGACAACGAGGGGACAACGAGUGGUGUCACCAGUGUCCCAAACCUUCCAGCUGGCCAGGGGACAACCAGGGGACAAUCCCAGGGUGGUGUCACCUGUGUCCCACCUGUGUCCCAAACCUGCCAGCCAGCCAGGGGACAAUCCCAGGGUGGUGUCACCCGUGUCCCAAACCUUCCAGCAGCCAGGGGACAAUCCCAGGGUGGUGUCACCCGUGUCCCAAACCUUCCAGCCAACCAGGGGACAAACAAGGGGACAAUCCCAGGUGGUGUCACCUGUGUCCCACCUGUGUCCCACCUGUGUCCCAUCUGUGUCCCAAACCUGCCAGCAGCAGGGAUGGAGAUCCCGAACCUGGGAUUGCCUUUGGGGGGUGAGGUCUGGGCUCCCCGGGGUGCCCUGGGGACAUUCCCGGGGUGGCAGUGCCAGUCCUGGUGGUGGCGGCUGUCCCCAGCUCUGGCUGUGUCCCCAGGUCCCUUUAGCAAACCCCAUUUUGGGG